AUGGCAACAAAAAGCCCCAGAGAUAUUCGUGCGCUGCGUCGGACGAGUCGUUUGGGGAGCAGCCACGGGAAUGACGAGGGCAUCACGUCGACAGUGCAGGUGAGCCCGCGGCGCACCACUGGGCAGCUCCGUUUGCCGACCCCUGCAGCGUCGACGACGAAACGCCGCGUGAAGAGGACGACGGCGGCGAGCCGGAGGUCCAAGUCCAAGAGACCGGCCAAGAGCAGUGCUAGGAACUGCACCGAGAGUGAUGCGAGCCUUGAUCCAAGCAGCCACGACCAUGAAAGCUUUUCGCCCACAGACUAUGUCGUCUUGCAGUCUGUCGAGACCGCCCGCAAGAACGUCGAUGCUCCCAUGAGUGGACGCCAAAUCGGCAACGAGAAACAACGGCACAACGUCGAUAAUAUUGUCAGCAUUCUGUCCAAGACAAAGGGUACGAGAGAUCAUUGA